AGGCGGGUCGUUUUCAAAAAAUUGUCACUUAUUUUGAAAUGUCAUUUUAUUUCACAAAACUUUAUUGAGAUUAAUAAUUAAUUAUACAAUAAUAAAGGUUUAUUGGUGUUGUAUUUGUAAACGACAUGGGCUGUUUUUAUUCUAGACGAAGAAUCGAGGAUGACAUUAUAUAUGACAUGUCACCGAUCAGACACCUGCCAGUUAUCUUCGUGAAUGGAGUGCCUGGUGCUGGCAAGCAGACGGUCGCACAGACGAUAUCAAACAUUACGGGUUACACGAUGAUACGACCGGGGGAGCUGAUAAGGGCAGAGGCAGAGAAAGACACGGCCAGAGGACGCUUAAUAGCUGAUAAGCUACAGGCCCAGGAACUUGUACCUGAGCAACUCACAGUAGACAUGAUCAAAGAGACGAUGUUGAUGCAUCAGGACGCUAAAGGGUUCAUCUUAGUUGGAUUUCCAAAAAACCACAGAAUGUCGUAUAUAUUCAACCGCCAGGUGAAGUGGCCAGAAAAAGUUGUAGCAUUGGAAGUUGAUAAUGAGGUUGCAGCGAGUAGGUUACAAAACAAAUUGUCAGAGCUUGGACGGCCAGAGUAUGAAAUAAACGCGGCGCGGCAGAUCGUUAAGGAAGCUGCGCAAAAAGUCAAAAAUGUCCAUAAACGAUUUGGUGGACAUGUUAUCACGGUGGAUAGCAGCCGCAAUCCUAAAGCUCUCGCUUCAGCCCUCCAGGAGAUUCUGUCAGAUACAGUAGAAAAGGAUAAGAAGUCUGAAGACUCAGAAGCAUUACCUCUUAACACACCUGCACCCGAAAUCGUUGCCGCUCCCCCCCUCCCCGUCCCCACUAUUGAUACCAUAGACAAUGAAGUAAAAUGAUUUUAUAGUUUUAUGUUACUUGUGAUGAUUUUUUUUUGUUACAUUAAAUGUUAUUUUAGUAAUCAA